CUUGGCAAUAAACAGACCUGGCAAUGGCAAUGGUAAUGGUAAUGGUAUUUUGCUUCUCUGUCCUAAUUUUGCUGAAAUUUUUCCACUCCGUGCCCCUCUGUUGAUCUGUGGAGUGGGGCUCUCCAGGUCUGCCCGACCCCUCACCCUCAAUCUCUCUCUCUCUCCACCUUCUCCCCUCCCUACAUUAAAAUGUAUGUAUGCAAACAAUAAAUUAUUCAUACAUCUGAUCUGCGUAGAAUAAGUUGACAAAUUCCAAACGCACAUACAUUUUGGCUGAAUUAAUUUGGGUUUCGGUAUAAGUAGUAAGUACUGUGCUCUGCUGUAGUCUAUCCUCCUCACCAACGCCCAAGCAUUUCACAGUAGUACUGCUACUGCUAGCCCUUUCCCAUCGGAAACAGCGCAACAGCUAGGUCAUGUUUUCUUCUAGUGAGGUGCGCUCAGUAGGCAAAAGUACAUAAAUGUAGGUAUGGCUUGGGGAACAACGAGCAAGUGUGACGGCAAGGACGCCGGAUCGGUGGUUCUGGAGCGUCCCCUGAAGCUCUGGUCUUUAAUAAUUGACAGGGUGCGGUGCGGCGGAGGUGUCCAAAGGCCUUGUCGGAAGAAAGCCGAGGCGAAGCACCGUUCCGGAUCCGAAAAGUUGUCGGAGCUUUUGAAGCAACCCGAGUGGUGGGAAAAUGAAGAGGAGGUGAGGAGGAAAGAGCAGGAGCUAGAAGCGCUGAAGAAAGUAGCCAAGAAACUGCAGCAGGAGGGAUCAAUGGAGGUGGUGUUAGAGGGGGCAGCGGAGAUUCGGAGGCUGACCAGGGAUGAUCCGCAGGCCAGGACCACUCUAGCGCUGCUCGGCGUCAUUCCCCCACUUGUCGCUUUGCUUGAUGCCCAAGAUCCCACCUUUAACUCUCAGAUCGCUGCUCUUUAUGCUUUACUCAAUCUCGCCAUUACAAACGAUGCGAACAAAGCGGCCAUUGUAAAAGCAGGUGGUGUCCAUAAAAUGCUAAAGCUCAUUCAAUCUCCAAAUGGGGCGCAUAGUCAGGCCAUUGCUGAAGCAGUCGUGGCCAAUUUUCUUGGAUUGAGUGCCCUGGACUCUAAUAAACCAAUUAUUGGUUCUUCCGGUGCAAUCCCAUUUUUGGUGGAAACUCUCAAAGAUUCGGAUGAAACUGUUAGCUCUCAGGCUAAACAGGACUCGCUGCGAGCGCUCUACAAUCUUUCCAUCUCACCUUCAAAUGUGUUUGCUAUGCUUGAGACGGAUCUCAUUCCACAUUUGUUGGUCAAGCUUGGAGAUAUGGAUAUGAGUGAAAGGAUACUUUCUAUUCUUAGCAAUAUAGUGUUGGUAGCAGAGGGCAGGAAGGGAAUUAGCGCCGUACCAGAUGCAUUCCCAAUUCUUAUUGAUGUUUUCAAUUGGACAGAUUCACCUGGUUGCCAAGAGAAGGCAUCUUAUAUUCUAAUGGUGAUGGCUCACAAAUCAUAUGGAGAUAGGCAGGCUAUGAUCGAGGCAGGAAUUGUUUCACAAUUACUGGAAUUAACUCUUCUGGGUAGCACAUUGGCACAAAAGAGGGCUUCUAGGAUGUUGGAAUGUUUAAGGGCAGAAAAGGGCAAACAAGUUUUGGGAAACUGUGGAGGAGGAUCCUUGACUGCAACACUUUCAGCUCCACUGUGUGGUGCUCUAUCAACAUCAUCGUCAAUGGAUCCUACUAAUCAACCAAAGGACAUAAUGAAGGAGGAGGAGGAGGAGGAGGAGGAGAUGAUGAGCCAAGAGAAGAAGGCAGUGAAGCAAUUGGUCCAACAGAGUUUGCAGAACAACAUGAAGAGAAUGGUAAAAAGAGCUAAUCUGCCCCAUGAUUUUGUUCCUUCUGAUCAUUUCAAGUCCCUUACAUUGAGUUCGACGUCUAAGAGCUUGCCAUUUUAAGGGAGUUGAUAAUUUUGCUCACUUCUUUAGCAUUUGGUGUGGUCUUAAGUCAUUAUUACAUGUUUUGGCGUCCAGCAAAUGCAGCCACAUUAUAUGCAGUGCUAUGAUGGAGUAUUAACAUAGGAAGUUUGUUUUGUAGUGACUUUCUGUUUGUAAGAUGUCCUCACUGGACUGUAAGAUGCACUAUUAUGGAGUAUUAUGAGAAAUCUGGUGGUACUUAUCUUACAUUUUGGA